AUGUUCUUCUUUUUGGAUCUCCACCUUUCUUCUUCUUCUUCUUCUUCUUCUUCUUCUUCUUCUUCUUCUCCUCCUCCUCCUCCUCCUUCUUCUUCUUCUUCUUCUUCUUCUUCUUCUUCUUCUUCCACCUUCCUUUCUUUUUCGUCCUCUCGCUAUCAUUUUCGCUUUGUCAUUAUUAUUAUUGUUAUUUUAUUUUUAUUUUUUUUGGUUGUUGUUGUUGUUUUUCUUCGCCAUCUUCGCCGAGGCUACCUUUGUCUCCUCCUUCUGCUUCUUUUUCUACUCACUAUUAACUAUCUUCGAUUAACUAAUUUUGAAGGGGUUAUUCUUUGCUUCUUCUUUUUCUUCUUCUUCUUCUUUUCUUCUUCUUCUUCUUCUUCUUCUUCUUAUUAUUAUUAUUAUUAUUAUUAUUAUUCUAUUUCCACCUUUGUCUUUUUGUUCGUCUUCUAUUUCAAAAAUUCUCUUUCUCCUUGUUCUUUUUUCUUUUAUUAUUUCAACCUUCUUCUUCUUCUUCUUCUUCUUCUUCUUCUUCUUCUUCUUCUUCCACCUUCCGUUUCUUAUUCUUUUUUCUCUCCUUCUUUGUCUUCUAUUUCCACCUUCCCUCUCUUCUUUUUCUUCUUCAUCUUCUAUUCCCACUUACCCGUUCUUUUGCUUCUUCUUUUACUUCUUCUUUUUCUCUUCUUCUUCGCAUUGUAUUUUCAUCUUCCAUUUCUUCUUCUUCCUCUUCUUCUUCUUCCUCCUCUUCUUUUUUUUUCUUCUUCUUCUAUUUGCAUCUUCCUCUUCUUUUUCUUCUUCUUUUUCUUGUUGUUCUCUCUUUUUUACCCUUUUUUUUUUGCUAUUUCUUCUUCACUUUUUCUAACUUUGUCUUCUCCCGGAUUCUCUUAUCUCCACAAUCAUCAUCAUUAUCAUCAUUAUCAACAUCAUCAUCAUGUUUUUUUUUCCAUAUUAACAAAUUUUUUAAUAUCUUUCUGCAUCCCGCCUAUUCUUUUCUUUCCCAUUCUUUUUCGUCUGCUUUGUCAUCCUUAUUCUUUUAAAAAUUCUUCUUCCUUCUUCAUCCGUUGUCUCUCUCCUUCUUUUUCUCCUUCUUUAUCGUCCUUCGUUUCACCCAUUCGUCUUCUCUAUCACUCUUUUUCCUCAUUCAUUCUGCACCUUCGACUUUCUCUCUCUCUGCCUCAUUCCUCUGGUUUUUAUUACAAACUUAUUUUCCCUUCUUCUCUUCUUGCAGCUCAUCCUUUUUCCUCCUUUUCUUUCUCAUUCUCUUUCUUUCUCUCCUUCUACAUCAAACUCAUUUUUCUUCUCUUUCUUAAUUUUUUUUCUUCCACAUUUCUUUUUCAUUUUUCUUUUUUUCUUCUUCUUCUUCUUCUUCUUCUUCUUCUUCUUCUUCUUCUUCUUCUUCUUCUUCUUCUAUUUUCACCUUCAUCUUCUUCUUUUUCUAUUUUCACCUUUCCCUUGUUGUUGUUGUUGUUGUUCUUCUUCUUCUUCUUCUUCUUCUUCUUCUUCUUCUUCUUCUUCUUCUUCUUCUAUACGGCGUCAUUAUAUUUACAUAAUAAUAAUAAUAAUGAUAAUAAUAAUGAACGUGUUUUUCUCCUCCUCCUUUCUUCUUCUUCUUCUUCUUCUUCCACCUUCCGUUUCUUAUUCUUUUUUCUCUCCUUCUUUGUCUUCUAUUUCCACCUUCCCUCUACUUCUUUUUCUUCUUCAUCUUCUAUUCCCACUUACCCGUUCUUUUGCUUCUUCUUUUACUUCUUCUUUUUCUCUUUCUUCUUCGUCUUCGCCUUCGUAUUCUCUUUCUUCUUCGUCUUCUCACUCGUUCUACUCACUUUUUCUUCCCUUGACUUCAUACGGCGUCAUUAUCUUUACAUAAUAAUAAUAAUAAUAACCAACUUCUUUUUCUCCUCCUCCUUUCUUCUUCUUCUUCUUCUUUUUCUUUUUCUCUUCCUUCUUUCUUCUUCUUCUUCUUCUCUGCUCUUUAUCCUCGUAUUUUUAUGGCUUCCCUUACCUCUAUAUUGCCCUCGUCAUCAUCAUCAUUAUAAUAAUAGCUUUUUCUUCUUCUUCUUCUUCUUCUUCUUCUUCUUCUUCUUCUUCUUCUUCUUCUUCUUCUAUUUAUUAUUAUCUAUUUCCUCUCUUACCAAAGUCGAGUUGUGGACGCUAGUCAUUGGAAUGCGAUACGACAGCGUGGCCCGGCAAUUGGCCCCAGGCGAGAGACGAAUCGUGGCAGCACAGUUUUCCCGCGCAAAGCGAAUCGCUGACUGCUGCACCAGUCCUAAUAGCUACUGUUGCUCUGCUUUGUACGUAUAUCCAUUUUAUCUUUUUUUCCAUCUCCAUUUUUCUAAUAUUUUAACAUCUAUCUAUCUAAUAUCUAUCUAUCUAUCUAUCUAUCUAUCUAUCGAUCUAUCUAUCUAUCUAUUCUUUAGUUUUGAUAUUAUUCCAAUAUCAAUAUCUAUCUCCGACUUUUCAUAUCUAUCUAUCUAUCUAUCUAUCUAUCUAUCUAUCUAUCUAUCUAUCU